AUGGAUGGUCUUGGAGGUGUAGCAGUCCUAGAAGGAGCCUUGUCGGUCCUGACUGGGAUCGCCGUCUUCUUCAUCCUGCCUGACUCGCCCGAAAGUGCCGGAUGGCUCAACCAACGAGAGAAGCAGUUCUUGCGACGUCGUCUGGAUCAAGACUCGGGCACACGUGAGGGGCGAGUGGCUUCUACAGAGAAAUUCCAGCUCAAGUACUUGAUCGCUGCAUUAACUGACUGGAAGAUCUGGUUCACUGUGCUUGUCUACUGGGGCUCGACGAUUCCAAACUAUGCAAUGACCUUCACAGCUCCCCAGAUUAUCACCUACCUUGGUUACACCGCUGCUGAAGCCCAACUGCUGACAGUGCCAAUCUACGCUGGCGCUCUGAUCUCCACCGUGGUUUGCGCAAUACUGGCCGAUAAAUACAAGACUCGGUGGCCGUUCGUGGUCUUCCCGUACACCGCUGCUGCCAUCGGCUUCAUCGGCCUGCUGGCCACUCCUCAGGCCAGGCUCCCAGGUCUCACCUAUGCCUUCCUUUUCCCAGUCACUGCAGGCUGCUACCCAGGAGUGAUCACCGUCGUCUCCUGGGCAGCCAACAACCUUGCACCGAGCUCGAAACGUGCCGCCGGCUUGGGGCUGUCUCUCACGCUUGCAAACGCUGGUGGAAUAGUUGGCAGUAACAUCUUCCUUGCCAAAGAGGCACCCCGAUACUGGACAGGAUAUGGCCUCUGCAUGGCUUUCAUCUCUAUAGCGAUAGCCUCCGCACUUUUCCUACGCUUCACGCUCAAACGCGAAAACCACAAACGAGACCAAUACUCAGAGGAGGAAAUUAGGGAGAAGUACACCGAAGAGCAACUUCUCGAGAUGGGAGACGCCUCUCCACUAUACCGAUAUGUGUACUGA